AAUGUUGUGAUCUAAAUACUGUACAGAGUUGACAGUUUUCCUAAAACAAAAAUCUGAAAAAAUAUGAUGUAUAAAUAAAAAUACACAUAUAUGCAAAAAUACAUAUAGAACAUCUCAAUAAAUAAUUCUUAAAAUCAGCUUUCCCGAUGAAAACACCAAGGGUAUGAUUACCGUCUAUUUUUCAGUAUAAAGCAAGAUGUUUCUAAUUAGGUAAGAACAACAUGCAUUGUCCAAUAAAAAAGACGCAAUCCUUCGAUUUUAUUCGUCUUUAGUGCCAUCUGUCGGUCUUAAGUCAAACUGUAACUGAUCGCCUUGUUAUUUAACUAUGGGUGUUGUGCUCGAAACUGCACCCCUGCCGCGGAUCGCCUUCCCUGACGUAAUCGCUACAAUGAAUAGUGAAAAUUAGCUGACUUCUGAUUACUUUUGUUGUUUGGUUCGAUGUCCUGGUGUCCUCAUUUACAUGUGUUACAGUGCCGAGUAUGAAGCUAAUUGCCGCAUUAUAGGUCUGAAAAGAAUAUAAAAUAGGAAAAAUAUUGAAGCAGAAUGACUUCAACAAAGUGUCAAAAAUAUUAUUCAAGUAAAUGAAUCGCUUCUUGUGACUGGAGGCGACUGUAUUUGCACAAACGAGCGUUGUCGAAAAGAAAAGCUUUAAUGUCGCGUUUGAAUGAGUAACUGCACAUUUUAGCAUUUUACAGGAAGUUAUUAAUCUUAACUUAAUGUUUGAUUGUAAAAUACUAUAAUAAACAAGUAAUGUGAGGUUUAGAACACAAAACCUAUUCACAUAUUAAAAUAUAUUUUAAAAAACUGUAUUUGGUGGAAUAAAAGUUUACCAAGUUAGCGAAUACUAUUUAGUGGGAUAGUAAACGAGAAUGGUUAACGAGGCUCUCCAUUCAUGCUCAUUUAUUAGUAACUAGCCGAGGACAUUCCAUCACUCUUAUAUUGCUGUUAUAUGUAGACUGAAGGUAAAUCACUGAAGGUAAAAUUCUCCUUAAUAAUUAACUCAAAAUCUUUAAAUGUAAUUUACUCUAACUUGGUGAGAAAUUACACUUCCAUUUAAUAUCACCCUGGGUUAUUUAACCCUAGUCUAUCAGGAAAACACGUUUACUUCAUUUCUGAUAUUCGCUAAAGCUUCCUGUUCUACAUAUCGUGUUAAUGUCCCCAGUUAUAAAAAGGAGAUAUUAUGUUUGUAACAGCGGCAGGAAACUGUCAACAGUUCACAUAUACGUGCUGUAUUUCUUUUAAAAUUGAACAUAUAUGUUGCAAAGUAGUGAAGUGCGUAAUUGAUAAGGAAACAUGCACCUGUAUACAUUACAAAAUAAUAAUGCAAUAAAUGCAUGCGGUAUAUUACAGUGAUAUGUUACCGAUGCUGUUAAUAAUGUAGCAUCAGUGAUAAAGUUCCUUUAAAAUGAUUUUAUUUUCAGUAUUUUAAAGUCUAUACGACACUGUGAAGCAAUAAUAAGAAUAGCAGAAACAGUGGACUUCAGAGGACAUAUGAUUUGUGUGCCGUAUGUGCGACAGCUCAGUAGAUAAAUAAUGAUCGACCUUACAGCCGGCCAGUUUAUCUAACGGACAAUACACAUGGUUCAUUAAACUUAAGCAAUUCCAUUGCUCCCUAUCUCAUUUACAACAAACUGAUUUUUCCUCCAGUGUAUUACAUUCACCUCCUAUCCUCACACCUUACUCAAAACAUCCACCUCUUCCCAUUUCCUUAAAUGUAUAAAUAUUAAGACAUUUACAGGUAUGGCAGUGUAAUUCAUGCUCUGUAGAUGUUCUCCCUGGAUGCAGAUGGCAUCCUGUCAAAGGCGAGAGAGAGGAAGUAUAGUCUGACACGACUGACACUGACAGCAGUGUAAUUUAAAUCUAGCUAAAAUAGAGUAAAAUUGUUGAUCUUCAGUGUAGAUAUAAAUACUGGGAUCAAUAAUAUCUUGUGCUGUGCCUGUUUUAUCUGUUGGAACACCAAAGUACAAAUCAGAAUAUAUUUUCCUAUCUGUCUCCCCAUCCUUUAUGCAGAAUUGCGUACAGCAGGCUCGCGUUCCUCUAUUAUGUGCUGUGUGUCUGCAGGGCACUGCUAUGCUAGUUAUCCAGAUAGCUGUCAGCAGCUAAUGAGCCUUUGUGGGCCUGUCAGGAGCCCCCUGUCAAGCAGACAUGAAUCUGUAAGUAAAUAAGUAAGUAAUAUAACAAAGGGCAAACCUGAACUGGGGGGGGGGGAGGAAAUUUUGGAAAUUAGAUAAAUAUGCGUUUUUUGCAUAUAGGUGUCGCUAAAACAUUAUGAAAUGUGUCACUUUUGAUUUAAUAUCUUCCUAAAAUGUAACAGAAGCACUAUUUCUGUAAUAUACAUUGACUGGAUAUCUGUAGAUGAUUGGAUUGAGGUAGAUAUACAGUAUACUGAUGGUAUAAAUUGCCAGUGCUUUAAAAAUAGUAAUUUUUAGCUGACGGACUGUGUUGUGGCUCAGCAUUGGUGUAGCCUUGCACCUUUAGGUUGUGGGUUCAUUUCCACUGCUGUUUUUGUGUGUUCCUCCAGCGUUCACAAUCUGAAGUGCACUGCUAUAGCGAAAUGGAGUCCCUAAAGUGUGUCUCGAAUGGCAUUCUGUCUGGUACAAACUCUCCAUGCCCAAUCCAUGCAAGGUAGUUAAAUGAUCACUGUGACGCUAAAGUGGAUGAGUGUAGACAUAAAUUAACUUAACAGAGGGCCUAGUCUGGCAUCAGCGUGGACAUUCAGGCGUUGUGGAUUUAACUAACCAUCCCAUUUCCCCUGGGGGGGGGGGGGGGUGAUGUUUGCCCUAGGGUAAAGCCUAGAACAGCCUAUGCAUGAAUCCACCCCUGGAUGAGUGGCUGUGUGAAACCAAUGAAUCUGAAGUAUUAGCCAAGGUAUGCACAGGACCGGGCCAUAGGUGGUGAUUGGCCCCCAGAGUGCCCCCUCCCUGUCACUGGUUCAAAACAUAUUAUUGGCUAAUGAUAAGGUUGGCAUAUGUGGAUUACAUAUGACCCCUCUUAUGCCCCCCACCUUAAGAAAUCUUACAAGAGUAUUUAUGUAUUCCACGUAAUAAAUAAGAAUUACACUUCUCAUUUAGUUUCAGUCUUAUUCUCACACUGGUUUCCAGUUAUGUACUUACCCUUUUCAAAAUCACCCAGAAAAAUAAAAGCAUUAAUAAUGCGCAGCUUGUGCUCUGUGAUUAUUUAUGAUGUAAUUAUUUAGUCAUUUCUAUGUACUGAUCCCUUUAAAUACACUUACCAUAUUCACAGGAUUUAAGUGCUUUCUUUUUUCUGCAUGAAAUGAGCUGCAAUAUACCUUAAGCAUUAGUGUUUCCCAUCAAAACAACACACUUAUUUACUGCUAAAAAAAAAAGCAUUAAUUUGCCCCACAAUUUCAAUAUCACAAGCAAGGCGACACUAGCUAUUCUAUGACUGAUCAUCCCAUCCUCAAGAGGAAUUCUGGGAGUUUUGAUAUAAAGUCACAGGACUAUACUCAUCAAAGAGCUAAAAGCAUGUUGGAAAGUGAUGUACCUUAUGCUCUUAUUUAGAGACCUGCAUUUCUAAUGACGAACGUACUUGAGUAGCACAGUCAAGUGUAAAAAUUAGAUAUAACUCUUCAUAGCUAGUUGUAUGCCUGCAUUUCUAUUCGGCGAUGAAACCUAUGCAUUCAACACGAUAUGGGUUAAACAGUUAAACAAGUGAUCCACUCAUUACUCUGCCACAACAGACUAGAAUAGUGAGAAGAGGCGUGAAAGCUCUAGAAGGUUGAUUUUGUAAGUGUGAUCUGCCACAGGGAGUCACAGAUCGUACCGUGUGAGGUCAGCUUGACUGGGCAGCCUCUGACUGUCAUUUGACCUCCCACAGUAUAUUAGUUUCUCACAGAUUAUUACACCCACAAAACCUGAGCCUUCAAUCACAAAACAGCAGUGUGGGUUCCCAUCUUACAGACACAGAAGAAGAUCCAUAGAGUUUCAUCUGGAAGCGAAUGAGAUGGCUUUGAGGUCUGUGAGUGGGCUGAGGAGCUCUCUGUCACCUGUCUGGAAGGUCACGGACAACUCUCCUUCUUUCUCAGUUCCGGCACUGUCAUCUGAUUCACACAGAGACUCUUUAUAAAUGAUUUAUGCUCUCUGUUUAGUCUGUGUCCUCUUGGCCACAGAGGAAACUUUGCAGAAGCUUUUGAUAAGGAGACUAAAUAUUUACUUGGGACGUGCAGGACUGCAAGCCUCAAGGUCUUUGCUCAGGGGCACUAAACACUUCUUCAGUUGUUUGGAUGUCAAAGAAAAGCUUCUUGUGACACAGCACUGAAUAGACACACUAAUAACAGUCAUCACAUUUAAUUAUGUUUUGUAAUGAUUCAGCUCUUCCAAAGUAUUUAAAUGGCAUUACCUGUUUGGCAAAAUACAUAUCAGUAUAAAUGAGUCAAUCACAUGUUUUACUGGAAUCAGUGUUAGCAAUGGAAUAAUCCCUGAGUGAUUCUCCUUUUCUCUGAAGAUAAUUUUUACAGGGUUCUCAUUCUUCAGAUAAUGGGGAAUUCGUGCGCAGGGCAGCUGAAGUCCAUGCGCUUUGAAGAGGCUCUGCACAGCUCCAUCAAGGCCUCCCUGCGCUCCAGCAGCGUCGCCCCUCAGUCUGUCUUCUCACAGCUCUACCUGCACCAUGAGGCCUACCCCGGACAUCUGCAAGACAGGGAGGUCCACUUCCUGUACGCCGAGAGGACGGGCCGGCGACUGGCUAACAGCCAGGCCACCAACAGCACAGAAAGUGAGGAGGACCUGGAGGAGGAGGAGGAGGAGGGGGCGUCUGGCACCAGCAGCCCCCCAGCAGCUCAUCACCAGAGGCCUGUACCGAGUGGCACCUGCCUUACCGAUGGGUUUUGUCAAGCUGGAAAAGACUUGAGGCUGGUCUCCAUGGAGACAGAGCACAUUGAGGUUCCUCCUGGGUUCGAGCUGGUUGGUGCGAAGACACCCGGCUUUCCCGAGCACCUGCUAGUCUGUGCAGUCGACAAGCGCUUCCUGCCGGACGACAACGGAAAAAAUGCACUUUUAGGAUUUUCCGGGCACUGUGUCGGUUGUGGAGAAAAGGGUUUCCGGUAUUUCACCGAGUUUUCGAACCACAUCAACCUGAAGCUGGUCACCCAGCCCAAAAAGCAGAAGCACUUGAAGUACUACCUGGUGAAGAAUUCCCAGGGGGGGCUCUGUAAGGGUCCCCCCAUCUGCUGGAAAGAUUGUAAAAUGAGGCAGUCUCCAUCAUCGAAGCCCAGCUUGUGUGCAUCCCUGACCAAGAAGGAGAUGGGAACCAGCAACACUCAUGGAUUUUCACUGUUUUCUCAGUCAGAUUCCCCUGCAAGCCGCUCCUCUUCCAGCAUCUCUGCCAGCAUGUUGGGGUGUCAGGAACCAGCCAGAGGGAGCAGGAAGACCAAGGCCCAGACACUGACCUCCCCCCAGGGGGUGAAGACCUCACCAACAGAUUCAACUCCUUCACCCAUUACCUCUGCCCCCCCCAAGAAACGCCACCGCAGCUGGUGCUCUGACUCCCCCCCUGGUCACCCCACUGCUGCCCCUGCUCCCGCCAUUCAGCCAGCAAGCCAGGCCUCAGUUGCUUCAUCUGCAAGCCUCACACUGCGGAGCCACUUUCCACGGGUCCUGAAGCCCCAGCCCGUUCCCUUGGAGGAGACGGUUAUUGUCCCUGACAACUUGCUGAACAACAUGGGAGUCCGACCUGUUAUACUUACAGGACAUGGCACUUUACCUUACUUCUGCGGCAAUGUAGAGGACAUCGUGGUGAGCCCCCUGCUGCUUAGCAUCUGUAAGGGCAGCCGACUGGGCAGGGAGAUACUGGGCACCCCAAGCAGACCAUCGCUCAGCGUGGAAGCCAUGAUCUUGUUGACACUGCAGUACCUCGUACGGCUAAGUCCUGACCAAAUCCCUCUACGUGAGGAAUUUGAGCAGAUUACUCUGAAGGCCAUGCUUAACAGACUCUCUGGGGACAAUGGCCCAGAUGUUAUUACGUCCACCCAGCUCUCGUGGCUGGCCUGCCUGGCCGCCAGCGUCUCUCGAGACUCCGUUCAGAUCCUGGUCACCCACAAUUCUCUUGGGGAAGGCAUAUCCGAAUUCCUGCACUCCGCGUGUCAGGGCUCACGUCACCAGCGACUUCCUGACUACGUGAUGAUCAUCUGUUCCUCCAGAAUCCGUGGAAAUGAAUUCUGUGUCUUGGUCCUGGGUAAACACCAAUCCAGAGCCCUGGCAGAGGGCAUGUUGUCUGCAAAUGAGUUUCUGAAACAGAUCAGUUACGAGCUCAUCACGGGAAGGAUCGGUAUUCUGGCCUCACAUUUCCAAACAACCUCUUUAGAAGGCCAGCUGGACAGGCAGCUUGCAACAUUUCAGAGUAGAUGGGGGGACCAGGUGACCCAGCCAUUCCAAGGGGACAUUCAGGAUGGAGUUCAUUCCCAUCAGGCGGCCACAGUGAUGCCCGCCCCCCAUCCAGGCCUGGAAAGUAAGGCAUUCCGGAUGUACCCGGUCCAACUGGAUGUUGCCCGUCGCCUGCUCUCGCUGGUCUGCUCCAUCGCUGAUUCCGGAAGCCAGAGUCUGGACCUGGGCCGCUUCUCUCAGGUGGACUUCCUCGUUCUGCUCCCUCCAUCCAAAGUGCUGGCGCACCAAACUGCACGCCGAAUCAGACGAUCAGGUGUCCUGCUUGAUCUUGGCAUAGAGGAAUCCUUUUCUGACCAUCAGAUACUGGAUAAGUACAUUGUCCGUUUGGAUAAUGAUGCACAUGAAAAGAUUGAGUCCUUCAUGAGGAAGGUGAAAGAAAAUCCCAACAUACUUUUUGUUCUCAUCCAUGACGAUGCAGAUGUGGACUUGACUAAUGUCCAUACAGGGUCGGGAUGCCAAGGUGAACUGCAGGGCCUAGCUGAUCAAAUCAUCAACUGUUCAGAGGUUCUGAGUUCAGUCAAUCUGCUAGUGCUGCAGGUCAGCUGUUUCCCUGAUGCACUGCAGCCCCAUGUCAUUCUGGACAAUGAGGUCUCCUGGUCCUCUGUAGACAUAGGGUCUCCUCAAGAAGACCAAGUCUACUUUGGUCUGAACAGCUACAGGUGCUCUUUGGGAUGGGGCGUGGCCUGUCCCAUCCUCCGCUGUGACGAGGCCUUUGAGAAGAUGGCUAGCACCCUUCUGGAGAACCACCCACGUCUGCACAGCAUGGUCGUCCGCAGCUACCUGCUGAUCCAGCAGUACGUCGACGCCAUGGUGUCGCUGGUGGCUGUCAGCUCUCUGCGGGACCGCGUGACCCCGGAGACGCUGGGCAUCAUGGAUGACCUCAUCGACACCCCGGGCCGCAGUGAGGGUGGGCAGGGGCACAUGGUGCUGAUCCGCGUGCCCUCCCCGCAGCUGGCCGUGCGAGCGCGCGAGCGGCUGGAGGAGGCGCGAGACAAGCUGGGCCUGCAGCUUCGCUUCGAGGUGUUGCUGGGAAGCCCUGACGCCGAGCUUUGUGUCACGCCUCAUUUCCUGUCCCGUCUGAAAGCUUGGCGGGGCUGUGAGAAUGAGGACUGGGUCCCGCACACAUACGAGGACCUGCAAGGGCUACCCUGCAUCCUCAUCCACGCCGGGAAAGACCCCCUGGGAGAGACAUUCCCAAGCUCUCUAAAGUACUGCGACCUGCGGCUAAUCGACUCAAGCUGCCUGACUCACUCGGCGUUAGAGCGGGAGGUGGGCCUUGCCUGCUCCUACGUGUCCCCAGGAGUCACAGUGGGGCCACUCAGGGAGGUCAUGCUGGACAAUGACCUACAGAUGGAGCUAGAGAGGCCACCAAGUAACAGCAGCUCUGUGACAGGAAACUCCAGCUCCACCACGGACAAUGGAGUGAGCUCCUCUGGGCUCCCUGACUCCAUUGUCAUGGGAGGGGGCUCAGCCCAGAGGGAUAAGCAUGAGUGCGAUUCCCGCUUGGCUGGGCACGCCCUUGCCCCCCAGUCCUCCUGCUCCCAGUGGUCCCAGCCGAGCCGCACCUCCCUCGCCUCACUGGGUCCAGUUCCCUGCACUCUCAUCCUGUCCUGCGCUGCCUACAGCCUCCUCGCCGGGACAUCGGGGCUCCUGCCCCCUGCUGACGGGACCUGGAACAGUCCCACCCAUCUUCCCUUCCGCCAGAACCUCCAGGGGACCGAGCGGUCCGUAAGCUUCCGGUUGCGUGCUAGUCCCCCUCAGAACCUUAGCGAUUACAGCAGCCAAUCGGGCCAGAAGGCUCAGGAACAUCGCCACCCCCGGAGCCUGCUGCUAACCGGGCCCCCACAGGUGGGGAAAACAGGUGCCUACCUGCAGUUCCUCCGCAUUCUGUCCCACAUGCUGAUUCGUCUGCUGGAGGUGGAUGUCUAUGAUGAGCCAGAGCUAGAGUCAGAACUUCAAGACUCGGAAGUUGCACAGAACAUCUAUGAGAAGUGGCCAGAUGUAAAUGUUAUCCAGAGUCUACCAUUUGACUUAUCUCCACGAGAUCCCAUGUUCCGUAUGGCCAGUCCUCUGUAUGGAAAAGUGUCCAAGGGCUCUCAACCAGGAAACCAUGACGGUACACAGAAACGACAGAAAUUCGCUAUCAGCCCAGAAGCAUCUGUGAGGCGUGAGACUAUAUCAGUCAUGCUGACCAGUUUUGCAUCCCAGAAUGCCUUUCACCACUGUGAACAGUGUCACCAGUACAGUGAGCGUGGAGCCAUUGUUCCGUACCCAGAUGAUACCCUGCACACCUUCACAUUCUGCUGCUCCAUGCUGGGUGAGGAGGUCCAGCUGCACUUCAUCAUCCCCAAGGCAAAGGAAAAGUACUUCUUCUUCAGCCAGCAGGGCAAACACCUGCAAAGCAUGAGGCUGCCUCUUAUGUCAGACAAGAGGAUCCAGAAAAUACGUGGAAGGGUUCACGUUCAUGCCCAUAAGGAUGCUGAAGACUUUGAAUGGACUAGGAAACAUACCCAUUGUACCAAUAAAGAUAAGAAGAAUACUGCUUUUUAUGCAACAGUGAUCAGGAUAAGUAUUUGGAAGAUGAAUGCUGUUUUGAUUUCGUCAUUUGUAUGAUGUGAAUUUAAAAGUUAAUUUGUUACCACG